UAUUCACGAUCACUUUUCAUUUUUAAACUUGCGCUUUUUUUGUUUUAGGGAUAGUUGUGUGAAACAAGUGAAGGAAUCAUGGGUCGUCGCAAAAUUGAGAUUGAAAUGGUGAAAGAUCCCAACACAAGGCAAGUCACAUUCUCAAAGCGUCGUACCGGCUUAUUCAAGAAAGCAAAUGAAUUAUCCAUUUUGUGUGGAGCGGAAGUUGCUAUUGUUGUGUUCUCUCCAGGGAGCAGGCCUUACUCUUUUGGACAUCCAGGAGUUGAUGUUGUUGCUGCAAAGUAUCUCCAACAAGAGACUGAACCAAGUGAUUCCCAAGAAAACCCCUCUUCUGGUGCUCCAGAUAUAGAAAAAUUGAAUCUAGAACUUGGUGAGGUGUUGGCACAAAUUCGAGAAGGUGAAAAGCAAGUUGAGACUCAUGAUGAAAUUAUGAACCAAAACGAUGUGACAAAGCUCUCCAAUCUUAAAGAAUUGAGAGAUUCAUACAAAGAGUUGCAAGAUUGGAUAAAAUUGCGUCUUAGUGAUAUCGAGAUAUCAGGAUAUAUGAUGCUUCUUGCUCAGGAUCCAGUGGUGGGGAUAAAAGCGAAAUCUGCAAAGAGAAAACGAAGAAGAAGAAGAAAUUGAUGUUUUGUAGUGCAAAAACUAAUUUUAAUUUAUAUUCUCCUUUAUUAAGAAAAAUGUAUGUCCCUCAUUAGUUAAAAAGAGAU